AUGCAGGUGGAUCCCUCGCCAGUGAGUGUAGGGGAUGGAGGGACAGUGAGUAGAGAGAGCAGUGCCCCUCACCUUGUCUCAGAGAGUAUGGUGGGGAAUCCACCGCAGACACUGCCUCCUGAACUCAGAGGAGAUGUGCUUCAUACUCAACAAAACAAGCUUCGGACGACUGCAGACUGCAAGGCGUCCAAUGUCUGCAUUGAGGCCAACAAGGCCUCCAAUUCCAACCAUUGUCCAGAGGUCCCUCCUUCUCAAACUCAUAACAAUGCACCCAUGUCUACCCCUGCUCUUGUGAACUCAGCGCUGCCUGAGAGGACAGAGGUGCCCAAAACUAAGGCUGAGGCUGCUGGCCCGUACCCUGUUCACCAGUGGCCCAAUGGUAAAAAGGUCAGUCCAGAGAACCCAGUGAACUCCAGUAAUUUGACUACAAACAAGAAAACACAGGUCCCAACGCAGACCCAGUCUGUGAUCAGUCUUCCCCCAGGCUUCCAUUGCUCAACAUUGUUCAAAACAGGUCAGCCUGUUGCUUUCCUUCCCACCACUAACUUUGCUUCACCUCUCUGCAAGAUCACCUUGCCUCCUGGGUUGGGUCAGAUUGCAGCCUUAAGAGAAGCCACAGCUAGUCAGUUCCAGAAAGAGCGGACACAGCAAACCCCGACUUCAACUACAAUGACACCCUCACUAAAAUCAUACCCUUAUCACCUCUCUGCAGGGAGGGGCCCUGCAACUGAGAAAAAGUCAUUAUCGUCAGCUUCGAAAGCUAGGUGUGAUUCCAUGUCCAGUGCUAAGGGGUGUAAAGCUGGAGCAGAGCAUAAGUCCAGUGUGGCCACAGUGGCAACACCAGCCAUUGCUCUCCCAGUACAACAGGCAACUGUGGGAUCAGUCCCACCUCCCCGUUUCACGAUCUCCCCAUCUGCCGCCAUCUGCUGUAACCCAGCACUGGCUAGUAUCAAUCCGCAAGGCAGGCUGUUGAGCCUUGUCGAGAAAGGUUCUUUAUACCGAAGUGCUGAUAAGACCUCACUGGCAUAUCUGAAGCCGAAGACAUCUUCUGUUGAAGAACAUAAUGCAGCAUGCCCUGCUGAGGUAAGGGAUUUGCCCCUCGACCUUUCCUCAAAAUCCAAACGUCAAAAAAUUGUCAAAGAUCUUCAGAGCAGCCCAGCUGUUACUACAGAGCAUCACCCAGUUGAACCACACCCACAGAAUACUGCAAAUUUGAAAAGGGUUCAAGGAGCAAAUUUUGGUUCAGCUACUUCAUAUGCUGUUUUGCCUGAUGCUCAGAAAAAUGGUGCCACUCAGAAACCUUCAAAACUCUCCAACCACCAAGCUUUGGAACCAACUGCAUCCUGGGUCAAAGGUUCACCUCAGGGUUCUUUGAAUAGCCUUCCAGGUACAUACGUAGGAGUGGCCAGUCCCAUACUAGCAUCCACCUUACGAAGUAAAGAUGGAAAAACUGCUGCUUUUGUUGAAGAUAUCCAGACAUUUGCUAAACAGGAGACUAUCUCCAUUAUUGAUCAAGGAGAGCAGCUAGCCUCCAGAGGAAAAAAGGCACCAUUUGUUGUUAAGGGUAACCAGCUCAUAAAAGGUGCCAAGCACUCAAGCAACACUCUCUCAGCUGGAACACAGGGCUUUUCAUCCAAGGAUGCGCUCACUACACCACUGUCAGCCUCUGCCAACUCACAGCCCCUUCGAAAGUCAUUGAGUGGAAAAGCAGGAACACCAUAUUCACCCUCUGGCAUCAAGCCACUCUGGCAACAACCUACUGUUCAAUCCCAGGGCACACCGGUGCAAAGGAGGCCCACCCAACCUCAAGGUCCACAGAAGGUCAAGGCCAACGCAAACUGUGAGGCCUCAGUGUUUAAGAGCCCCCAAAGUAGCCCUAAAAUCGAGGACGAAAAAUGGGAAAAAAAUAAGUCACCACUAUCCAACCUGGAGUCCAUAGUCAAACAGAAAGCACUGGAGACAACUGCACUGACUGGAGAGAGCUGCUGUAAUCCCGUCACUGUAGGAUCCCGAAGGAUUGAAGCUGCAAGUGUGCUUAACAGACCCCAAGACACUGCGUUCCAGCAGAAUCUGGCCUCUGGUUUAGCUUCUGUCAAGGGUACUGAGAAAUGGGAUAUAAAGCCAGGGAGAACAUCUCCAGUGGCUGACAACCCUCAAGUCAUCAACAGACAGGACGCAGCGACCAUUCCUCUGCCCAAAGAGAAAAGCCGAGAGAGACAUACUAAACAGAAGGAAAGUAAGGCAAAUGAGGGCGAUCAGAUCUCCUCAAAACUGGUCAAGCACUGUCAAGAUUCUGUUUGUAGUCUUCAAGAGGACCGGAACAAGAAGGAGAGUAUGCUAGCCCAGGAGUUAGAGGGAGAACAAAUGAAAGAGAAGACAGUGCAGGAGGAGGUAACUCCUCCUGUCAGGCUAGAGGGGAUUGCCUUAUCCAUCCUCCAGGGCCAGAGUGCAAUAGAGGGAGAGAAGACCACAAAUGGAACCAAAGAGGAUUUGCCCUCCAAAGGAAAAACAAAUGUUACUAAACCGAAGAAACCUAGAAAGCUCAGUAAGGAUAAAACAUCUCCAGAAAUACAGAAGAAAAGUACAACAACGAUGAAAAAACAACAGGUCAAGGAAAGUGUCUCAGUCAAGCAGUGGCCUCCACAAAAGAAGAAGAAAGUGUCUUCACCUGUGCUGGAGCAGAAUCAACUGACAGAGACCACAUCCCCUGUCUCUGAGGAGGAGGGAAGGACACGUAAGGGGAAGAGCAGAAUAAACAAUGUGAAACAACCCGUCACUAGCAAAGCAGGUUGUGAGAGUAGCCCACUUAGUGGCCUACAGAGUGAGGAGGACCAUUCUUCAGUCACCAGUCUUGGCUGGCCUUGUAAAGAUCAAGAAACCAAGGAGGGUUCUUCUCCCCGGUUAAGAAGGGGGCGUCACCGAGCUGAUGAAGCUCUACGGAAAAACUGGAGUUUAACUGCUCCCUCAACUCCGCAUGCGGCAUCCGAUCCUCCUUCAGCACCGGCUCCAACUACUGCUGUACCUCCUCGGCGACCACGGGGCAGGCCAAGACUUAACCCCCUGCCAGCUGAGGCUGCAGAUGCAGGAACGGCAAAGUCCAGUCAGGGGGGCGAGGGUGGGGACACCCCUGCCAUGAAGAAGAGGAGGCGCUGCAGGAAUAGAAGGUACCAGAAUGGCGAGUACAUCACAGAGAAGGACAAGGCGGCAGACAUGGAGAAACAGGAGAGAGAUGCUGGUGUAAAACUCCCAAUACGAGAUGACACAAACACAGACGUGAGAACAGGUAUGUACCCACGCCUUAGUGCCACACUGAUGGGUCAAGAGUCAAGUCCAGAUCCUAGUCCCAGGCGGUCCCUUUUUACCCGCUCAGGGUCCACUAGACGUCAGGAAAGCCCGCCUACCCCAGAGUCUAAUGACAAGCCUUCAGGGAAGAGAAAGUUCAAAAGCAAGCACUUGUGUGAUACAGAUGAACACAAGAAGCUCAAGACCAAACGUGGCAGCUUGGGGAAGCGCUCUGCCUCUCUCCCUAUAGAUGAGGACAGUCCUGCGGUGAAGAAACCAGCCGGUCCUUUUGCCACACCUAAGGGUUCGUCGUCCCCUGUGUCCCCGAGGAAAGGAAGCACAGGAAGGGGAGGAACGCCUGACCUGACCCCCAGUCGUCCUGUGCCUCCAGAGGCCCGGCGAUUGAUUGUUAACAAGAACGCUGGAGAGACUUUGUUACAGAGAGCUGCUAGGCUGGGUUACCAGGAUGUGGUUCUCUACUGUCUGGAGAAGGACAUCCGGGAAGUUAAUCGUCGCGACAAUGCAGGUUACACGGCCCUACAUGAGGCAUGUGCUCGUGGCUGGACACACAUUGUGCAGGUCCUGCUGAGACAUGGAGCAGAUGUCAACUGCAGUGCCCAAGAUGGAACACGGCCCAUUCAUGAUGCUGUAGCAGCAGAUAACCUGGCUGUGGUCUGGAUGCUCCUCAACCAUGGUGCUGACCCAACUCUGGCAACAUACUCUGGACAGACAGCAGUUAAACUGGCCCAAAGCCCCAGCAUGAAGACCUUCCUGAAUGAGUAUUUCACAGAUCUGGAAGGGCGCACUGAUCAGGACCCAAGCUUGCAAUGGGAUUUCUACAGUAGCUCUGUGUUUGAAACUGACCAAGACGCCUGUUGGGACUUCCUGCUGUCUCUUCCUGAGGAUGGAGAUGAGGAGGAAUGGAGAGAGCCAGAGAAAGAGAAGGACUCAGAGAUGGAUUGCCUGCUUUUUGAAUUCUCCUCUGAACCCCUCAUACCCUGCUAUCACAUUCAGAUAUCACUAACACAGGGUUUCUGCAACUGGUUCUUGUUGAUGGACGUGUUGAAGCGACUGAAGAUGUCUGCGCGGAUCUUCCGGGCGCGCUACCCUCACUUUGAGGUGGUGAGCAUCUCACAGGCGGAGCUAUGGAAGCAGGUGGCAGUUAGCCAGACAAGCAUCGCGCCAGACGAGCUUCGCCCGGCCGACGAGGAGGAGGAAGAGGAGGAGAUGGUUGAGUUGGUGCGCUGUGUACCAGAGUUACAGGGACUACUGGGCUCCACCAUACAGCUCUUAAGCACUGACGAGGACGAAGGGUCAGAGGUCACCACCAGAGUAUGCAGCCGGUAG